CUAAAUACCUCGGCCUCGAUCCAAAGAAUUUCAAACCUAGGGUUUUCUCCUCUUUCACGCUUUCUCGAAAAAAGCUAGGGUUAGGGUUUUAUUCACCGCUUCCCUCUCCUCUCGAUCCUCUGAAUCCAAUGGCUCAAUCCAGCGAGCGAUCGAAGGGGACCGUGAAAUGGUUCAAAACCAUCAAGGGCUACGGCUUCAUCACCCCCGAUGACGGAGUCCAAGGGGACCUCUUUCGUCCACCAGCUCAUGCGUCAACUCGCGACGGAUAUGCGCACUCUCGGCCCGGCGAGUCUGUCGAGUUUAGAGUCUCAUCUGCGACGACUGGCCGCGGCCAAGGCCGUCGCGUCACGGACCUGGAGGAUCUUCUGUCAAGGGAGACGACGGACCGCCGUGGCGCGGCGGUGACGCGUGGUGGCUAUGGCGGAGGCGGAGGCGUGCCGGUGCCUGUUACAGUUUGUGGUGAGACUGGACACAUGGCGAGGAGACUUCGCGGGCAGCGGCAGCGGAGGGUGGCGGGAGGAGUUACGAAGGAGGCCCGCCGCGGUGGAUCUUGCUACAGCUGUGGAGAGGCAGGGCACUUUGCGAGGGAUUGCCAGAAUCCGCGGUCGUAAGUGAGAUGAAUGGGUGAAAGAUCUCUUUUUUAACCCUUUUGGUCUCUGAAUCUUGUUUGGUUUGUUGGUUUUUGAUAAAUGUUAUAGGGAUUAUUAUAUUGUUGGAUAAUAUAACGAUCUAGACAUGAAUAAUUGAACUAGAAAAUUUAGAUUAGAGUUACCGUUCA